AUGUCACUCCAAGCAACAUUGAAGACCGUGCACGAGUCAAUCGACAAAAAAUGUUCUGCCAAAUCAUUGCCUCCCCUUUGUACAUUCGUCAUCAAUGUUAUUUCUUCAGAAAGCGAAAAGCUGGACCAUGAGGACAUGGAGAUGUUGAAGCAGACAAAGUUGAGCAGUACAUCAAUGGCCUGCGGAGUGGUUGAUCGGGCUAUGCAAGCAUAUGGUGCCGAGGGUUUGAGCCAGGACCAAGAACUCACGAGCAUGUUAUGCUGA